UCCUCCCUUGUAAGAAAGUGUACCUCAACAAGCAAAUUAUGUGAGUGAAUGAGAUAAUCUGGAUCGGGAACCUAAAAUGAAUGCCGUCAAGUUUUUAUUUUGAAGAUAAUGUUUGUAGGCAACAUUAGUUGGGUACAUGAUUUCUCAAGAGUUUUUAUUUUCAUUUUGGUGCGACUAUUCAAUCCAAGCAUUCGCCGUCCACAUUUUUCAAAAGAAAAAAAAAGCAUUCGCCGUCCAAUCCUCAAGAAAAAAAAGUUCCCCACUGUCCUCAGAGAAGCGCCGCCGGCCGCAUCCCGUUAACCGUCGCCGCCGGUCGCCGCCGGUCGCCGCCGGACGCCGCCGCAAACCGAACCAUCCCGGCUCCAGAUUCAACUCCAUGGAGGCGAAGAAGAGCAAGUUGGAGAGCCAUCCGGGGUUCACCGACGACCUCAUCCUGGAGAUCCUCGCCCGCCUCCCCGCCAGAUCCCUCCGCCGCUUCAAGUGCGUCUCCAUGCCCUGGCGCGACCUCAUCUCCGACCCUGCUCACCGCAAGAAGCUGCGCCAGACCCUCGCUGGCUUCCUCUACAUGACGGACACGGACAGGUACAACGGGGGCCGGCACCACUUCGCCAGCGUCUCCGGCGACGGCGCAGCAGCCCCGUUCGAUCCUUCCGUCCCUUACCUGCAGCCUAACAAGGAGGAGGGCAUCACCCAGGUGGACUCCUGCAAUGGCCUCCUUCUCUACCGCCGCUACAGCAAGAUGGUGGUGCGUUUACCUCCUUGCUGGGCAGCAGAUUUCCGUUUUGUGGUGUGCAAUCCCGCCACCGGGAGGUGGGUGGAUCUGCCCCUGCCCACUCACCCGGAGCCGCCGGCAAAAGGAAGCAUGACAGCUCUGGCCUUCGAUCCGGCCGUCUCGUCCCAUUUCCACGUUCUUCACUUCGAGCAGAGGGAGGCUUACAUCACUGGAGUGGACAUCUACUCGUCGCGGACAGGAGCCUGGACUCAUAGGGAUAGUGGGCUGGCUGACAAAGUUUCGCUGUGCUUCGGGAGUGGAUUUGUCUUUGUUGGCGGCAUGAUGUACCUGAUAGGCACCCUUGGUGCCACUGGCAUCAAAAAAGAUUGUGUGUUGCUGGGGGUGGACAUGGAGGGCAAAGUGUGGAAGACCAUCAGUGUGCCGUACCCCAGAAGAUUUGGCACGAUUGGAUUGUCGCAGGGGUGCUUACACUAUGCUAUAGCUUCCGUCAAUGAUACCAACAAGGUCCCGCUUUCUGUGAUAGAACUCUGGUGCCUCAAGGAUUGUGAUGGUAAAGAAUUGGUCCUCAAGCAUACUGCCAACAUCAAUAAGCUUGUGAGCAAGACUGGGAAGACGUACAUGGUGGUUGAGUUCCAUCCGGAUCGCGACACCAUUUUCCUGACUUCGUGUCGACGUGAUACCUUGGUAUCAUACGAUACACGGCUUCAGAAAGUUGGCUGUAUCCUUAAUCUUGAGAAAAGAAACACACAACGAUUUCUACCUUAUGUUCCUCUGUACUCAGAGUCAUUCGCAGAUGCAGAUGGGCAGUAGCUUUACCUUCAAACCACGCUUGUGCUUCCCACCAAGAAUCAGCUCCUCUGUCAGCUCAAGUCUCCUGAAUCUGCUUGAAUCAUGCCACUCAAUUUGCUGCUGCUUACACUCCUGCUUGCUUGAUUUCCAGUUCAGAGAAAAUGCCUGGUAAACCUGCAGAUUAAGCUUAAUGUCAUUUUCAAAGAACAUUGUUACUCUUGGUCUUUUUUGCCUAGCAUUGGCUGUUAUGCGGGACAUGUAUUGUUUGUUCCAUGUGGCUAAAUUAUUUUUUCUUUCCAUAACAAUCAGCUAUUAUGAUUAUCCUGAAUCCUAUUGCAGAUUGUGAACCUGCUAGUGUAGUAAAAGUGUUAAUUAGACUGGUUACUGGUGCAAAUGUCUAGUUGACAUUAUUCAUUCAGUAUUUUGGUAAAA